AUGCUUGCACGAAAACACCUCAUCAGAACAGCCCGCAUCCCCUCCAUCCCCCCACCGGCCAUCCGAGCAGCUCGCCUCGUCCGACCAUCUCUCCCCUCCCUCUCCCUCGCCGCUCCCCACCCUGCCCCCGCCCUUGCACGUGGGUAUGCUUCUCAACCUCCUGGCGGCGGUGGCCCCGGAGGCUUUGGUGGCAUGCGCUUUCCUGGCGGCCAGGCCCAGGGGCCAGAAAAGGGCGAGACACUAAGACAGUUCUCACAAGAUCUGACCGAGCUGGCUAAUGAAGGCAAGCUCGACCCUGUUAUCGGUAGAGACGAGGAGAUCAAGAGAACGAUUCAGAUUCUGAGCAGGAGGACAAAGAGCAACCCCGUGCUUCUUGGUCUGCCUGGUGUCGGUAAAACCGCCAUCCUCGAGGGAUUGGCCACUAGGAUCGUCAAUAGAGAAGUGCCAGAGUCAUUACAUGGGAAACGUCUUCUUGCCCUCGACCUGGCAGCUCUCAUGGCCGGCACUGGCGUCCGGGGCGAAUUCGAAUCCCGCUUCAAAGCCCUUCUCAAAGAUAUAGAGGCUGAAGAAGGCAACGUUAUUGUCUUUAUCGACGAACUCCACACCCUCCUCAAUCUUGGCAAAGCUGAAGGCUCCCUCGAUGCUGGCAACAUGAUCAAGCCUGCCCUUGCCCGUGGUCUCCAGCUCGUUGGAGCGACAACGCUCGACGAGUACAAAAAGUACAUUGAGCAAGAUGCGGCUCUGCAGCGCCGCUUUCAGCCAAUCUCCGUGGACGAACCAAGUGUCGAGUCCACCAUAUCUAUUCUGCGAGGAUUAAAGUCCAAGUUUGAAGUUCACUUUGGUGUGCAGAUCGCCGACUCUGCUCUCGUCACCGCGGCUGUCUAUUCGGAUCGCUACAUCUCCGAUCGUUUCCUUCCCGACAAGGCUAUUGAUUUGGUCGACGAGGCAUCCUCCGCGCUAAAGCUUGCUCAAGAGUCUCGUCCUGCCGAGCUCGAAAAGCUGGAUCGCGAGAUCGUCACCCUCGAGAUUGAGCGAGAAUCAUUGAAGAAUGAAGACGAUCCCUUCUCUGCCAGUCGGCUGGAAAAGGUGGAGGAAGAGCUGGAGACCAAGAAGGAAGAGCAGAAACGCCUGGCUGAUUUGUGGUCCCAGGAGAGAGAAAGAGUGGGAGAAAUCAAGGAGAUCAAGGAGCAGAUUGAACAAGCAAACGUUGAUUUGGAGAUGUCACAGAGGAAUGGAGAGUUUGAAAGGGCGUCGAGGCUGAGAUUCUCCACCAUCCCUCAGCUGCAGAGCAGGCUACCAAAAGCUCAGGCGGAGCUAGUUACAGAGAACGAGGCAGAGCCAGGUAUGGCAGUCAAGGAUAGGGUGACUAGCGAGGAUAUUGCCAUUGUUGUCGGCAAGGCGACUGGUAUCCCUGUAAACAACCUUCUCAAGGGAGAGCGUGAACGCCUCAUACAUAUGGAAGAUUCGCUCAAAAAACGCGUUGUUGGCCAAGAUCAAGUUGUACACUCUGUGGCCGAUGCCAUCCGUCUCUCUCGCGCUGGCUUGCAGUCUCCCACCCGACCUCUGGCGUCCUUCCUCUUCCUGGGUCCUACCGGUGUUGGUAAGACGGAGCUGACCAAGAGUUUGGCCGAAUUCUUGUUUGCCGAUGAACAACGGGCUUUGAUCCAACUCAACAUGUCUGAAUUCCACGACAAACACACUGUUUCCCGUCUCAUCGGUAGUCCCGCAGGCUAUGUCGGACACGGCGAGCCUUCGCAGCUCUGUGACGCUGUCAGGCGAAAACCCUACGCGGUCGUAGUGUUUGAUGAAAUUGAAAAGGCGCAUCCUGAUGUGGCCAACGUCCUCUUGCAGAUCCUUGACGAAGGAUGUCUGACAGACGGUCAAGGCAAGCAGGUCAAUUUCAAAAACACUAUCAUCUGUUUGACUUCCAAUCUUGGUUCAGAAGCCCUUUACGAACCAGACGCUUGCCACCCAGACGGAAGCAUCACUGAAACUACCCGCACCAACGUCCUUGACCACGUUGGCCGCUUCUUCCGUCCCGAACUCAUCAAUCGUCUCGACGAACUGCUCAUAUUCAACAAGCUCCCUCCAUCCAUCAUUAUCGACAUUGUCGACCUUCGUCUUCGCGAAGUCCAGAAACGCCUCGAGGAUAGGCGGAUCACCUUGGACGUCGGGGACGAUGUCAAGGCGUGGUUGGCGAGGAAGGGGUAUAGCGAGCACUUCGGGGCGAGAGCGGUAGCAAGAGUCGUCAGGGAUGUGGUGACAAACAAGGUGGCCGGCAAGCUGUUGGAUGGCAGCAUCGGUGAUGGAGAAAUCAUCAAACUCGCCUUGGGGGGAGAAAUCACCAGCAGACCGGACCCGCACUUGCUGCACCCUGCGGCAGAGUCUUCGGCCUCGGCGGAGGGGACAGGGCCAAGAAACCCACCGACUGAUCCCGAAAACGAGGCUAGGACCCUUGAGAUCCUCGAGGAUGGGGUGGAGGAAGAUGGCGACGAGGAGAAACCUAGAAGGACUGUAUACGGAUAA